CUAGUUUGUCUUUUUUGAUUACAUUAUAGUUUCUUUCGUUUAUUUCCCUUUAUACCUAGUCAAACUUAUCCAAAAAAAACAGCUGUUUACUUAGUAUUAUCGGUUGCUUAUUAGGCAGUUACAUAAAUCCGAUAUAUCAUCUAGUAUCAGUAUUCAUUAAUAAUAUAUUAUUAGAUUGGGUUAAAGUUUGGGAAACAGUUUGUUCAUCUUCGUAAGAUAUCCAGCUUAAUAACUUUAUAAUUGAAAUAUCACCAUUCGCUCGUUUGUUCGGUGAUAUUUUCGAAUUACACCUUAUACCUUAUAAUUCCAUUCGCUAGUCAAUUAUAUCAAUUUACCCUUACAAUCGCUUUAUUAGAAGAAUCAUAGCAAGAAUAAGAAGAAGAUCAGAAAAUACCUACCUAAAGUCAAAAGAAUGAAUAUUAAUUUACAGUAUAUACCUCCUCAACUUCAAAUAACUAUUGAAAAUCUGUCUCCUUAUCCUGCUCAGACUAAUUCAAUAAUGUCUUCAUCUUCAGGUAAUAUGAAUCUGAAUUCUAAUAUGUCACCAAUAUGUAAUAAUGCUCUUCAACAGUUUCAAUCUCAAACCCCCCCUCCUCCAUAUAGUGCUACUGAACAAUCACCUCAGUUGGCUCAAUAUCCCCAUUUGACUAAUCAAAAUCAUCAGCAACUGCAUUUACAGACUCCGCAAACUACAACCAGUCCAACAUUCUCAAACUUUAUUCAUAAUGAAGCAGUUUUCUUUUCACCGGUUGUUCCCAUGCCAAAUCAAUUUAUUGGUACUCCUUCGUUAAAUCAGAAUACUAGUCCUCUUAGUACAAAUCAGCAAACAAAUACUCAUCCAAUGAUAACUCCUAUUACUCCCAAUAUAGGAAAUGUGAAAAAGAAUUAUAGUGAAGUAAUAGUGAAUGCUCCUACCUCUGUUGUUUGGAAUUUGAAUGCAACUCCUUCACCAGUAGUACAAUAUUCUCCUGGAGCAAAUCCCAUUAUAAGUCACAAUGUUCAUAAUACAAAUUAUUCAAAAUCCGAUACCACUAUUGGUUUAGGUUUGUCUAUGGACGACUCGUUGCAUCAACAGAAAUUCCAGCAAUUGCAGCAACAGCAUAUUCAACAACAGCUACAGUUUAAUCAACAACAACAACAACAACAUCAACAACAGCAACAACAGCAACAACAGCAACAACAGCAACAACAGCAACAACAGCAACAACAGCAACAACAUCAACAACAUCAACAACAUUUUUUCCCUAAUCCACCACCAACUAUAAAGACUGAAGAUCAAAUCCAAUUCAACAAUGGACUCUCUGGUUCCAUGAUAAAUACCAAUAUCCCUUCCCCUAAUAAUUCAAAUGUAAAGAGAGAGCCAGUCACCAAAAAGGUGAAGAAAGAAAUCGAUUCACCACUUCCUCUAUCUGAACAAUCAUUCAUAACACAAGUUCCUCGAACAAUACCUAUGGGAGAGUCAAUAUUGUAUUCUCCACACUCUCAUUAUGGUGGUAACUCUACUGUUGAUGAAGGCGAAUCACCAAGUACAAUUCCUGCGUCAAGUCCUCAGUCACCAAGAUCUCUGACAACUAAUAGUGGUGGACGACAUGGGUUUAAGAAAGAAGAUGUAACUGUUGAUGAUAUUUUGAGUGGUGAUCCGUUUGAAGAAUUAUCAUCUUCCAGUCCCGAUAAGGGUAUAGAUGGUCAUGACGAUGAGGAAACUUCUACAGAUGCAUUAAUUUCCGAAUUUAUAGAUUUUGAUUGCGAUGAAAAGGAAGAAAAAGAUGGUAUAAUCAAAACUGAAACUUUAUUAUCAUCUCCAAGUUUAUCUGAUUCUACUCUGCUGUCCAAGCUUGCUAGUAUUGUUGAAAAGAAUUCUUCUAAUCUGUCUAUUAAGAAUCUUAAGAAGAAACCUUCUGUAUCGAAGAUUAAUAAGACUCCUAGAGCAAAUUUAAAAAAGUCAUAUUCAUUUAGCGGUAAUAUUAUAUCUAAUGGAUUAUCAAAUUCUACAGCAACCACUAUUACUGCUGCUAAUGCUAAUAGUAUCUUAAAUUCUAAGAUGAGUAAAUCUCAAACUACUUUGGUUCUUGAUGCAGGAUUACUGACUAAGAGAUCUACACAAGUUAUAAAACCAACAGCAUCUUUAUCAUUUUCUGAAUGUUCUCAACGUAUUCCAGUAUUUGCUUUAGGUAAUCAUUACUCGUUUGUUUAUGAAAAUUUAGAUGCUAAAUCAUCUAAUGGUAAUAAUUAUAAUAAUCUACGGAAAUCAAAAUCAACUCAAAAUUUCAAGACUUUAAGUCAUAAUUCUCAAUACCAAUAUGAUUAUUAUAAUAAUACUGGAAUAAAUGAAUCUACGACUAAGAAAGAACAAUCACCCAGAGUUUUAAAGAAUAUGAAGGCUGGUUUAAUUGAAUUUCAGAUUGAUUUAAAUCAUAAACGGUAAACGGUAAUUGCCAUCUGUAAUAACGACAUACAUUAAUUAAUAUUAAACUUGAUACUAAAAAAGUUGUAACGAAAAUUCAAUACUGACAUUUAAUUCAUCAUUUAUUUGCAUAUAUAUUCAUCUAUAUAUUGUUAUUAUUAUUUAUUUAUUUAUUAAUUAAUUAAUUAUUUAUAUUGUUAUUAAUUCUGUAUUUAUCUAC